AUGGAUUAUCCAUGCAACAGGGAGGCAACCGAAUAUGCCGUUGAGAUUUUAAUGAAAGUAAAUGAUAAGGAACGAGUCUGUUUAUUGAGCAAAAUUGUUGAUGCUUCUUCUAAGCAGAAAUUAAGUGGACCAGUGCUUUCGUAUCCUGAACUCAAAUCAAUUAUUUCCCAAUGUGCCAGUAAUAGCUCCAAAAAGAAAGAAUCAUUAAUACAUGUGAUUGAUCUAUUCACUGCUCCACGUAUACGAUACGAUGAACAACGUAAAGUCUUGGUUGCAGUAGAUGGUCAUGCAUCUGCCAUUGGGAAAAGUGAUGAUGCAAGACGUUUAUACAGAGAACGCUUGAAGCUUGUCGUUCAACGAGCACUGCGAAGCGCUGCAUUUGAAAAUCACAAGUUGUCCACAGUUGAAGCUGUUUUGGGCACUCCAGAAACAUCAGAAAAUGUGAUAUUAUUAGGAAUGUUAACCCAAAGGAGCCCAGAUGUUUUUGAAAUUGAAGACCUUACGGGUUCUAUGGAGGUCAGACUCGAAGGAGCGACUUUCCACAAAGGUCUUUUCACAGAUGGGUGCAUAAUGAUGUUGGAAGGCCGAUAUUUUAAUGGUGUACUUCACAUUAGCGCAGUAGGCCUUGCACCCGUUGAAAAUGCAAAUGUUACUAGGAAUUAUUUUGGAACAACCAACUGGUUUGGAGGAGAAGGUACGAUUGCCUGUGGGUCACAGAUUCGCCUCCGAACGAUGUGCGCUCAAAAUGAGAGAACUAGAUUUAUUUUUAUGUCAGAUGUGUGGCUAGAUGAAGAAAGGAUAUUAAAUGCAAUAAAGGAACUAAUAUAUGCAUUCGUGGAUUCUCAGUUGAUUGCAUUCGUUAUUUGUGGAAAUUUUUGUUCUCAAGUAGGCACUCCUCACGCUUACCAACAAAUACAUGGUGGUUUUCGGCGAUUGGCGAAUAUCUUGCAAAAUGAUUCAUUAAAAGGUCGCAAUAUACAUUUUAUAUUUGUACCUGGCCCAGAUGAUCCAUCAUUAAAUUCGGUACUUCCAAGGCCACCAUUACCAUUUUCGCUAUUUGAAUUGAUGAUGAAUGUGCCAAAUUGUUCGUUUGCGUCAAAUCCAUGUCGCAUACAAUAUGCUAAUCAAGAAAUUGUCGUAAUGCGUCAAGAUCUAGUUGAAAAAAUGUGCAGGAAUAGCAUUCAUAUGCCGUCAUCUACCGCUGAUAUUCCAGAACAUUUUUGUCACAGCAUCGCUUCUGCUGGGCAUUUAUCGCCACUCCCCUUGCAUAUAUCGCCGGUUAUUUGGCAAAUGGAUAGCUAUCUCGCAAUAUAUCCAUUACCUGACCUCGUAGUUAUAGCUGAUAAGUUCGAGCACUUUAACUAUGAAGUAGACGGUACAAUAUUCGCCAAUCCAGGUUCCUUUGCUCGCACUGACCUCAAUUUUUAUGUUUAUUAUCCUUCAGUACGUACGAUAGAAGUAUGCUCUGCCGAACGAAAAGUUAUUGAAUGA